UUGUAUAAAAGGAGUAGUUGGGAAUCUGACUUUUUCCUUUGCAGAACAAUUAGAAAACACAUGAGCACAAGUCAACUGUGAGGGGUCAGGUUGACUUAACAAUGCAAAAUUUUGCAGCUUGUCUCGAUGCAUGCAAUCCCUGUUAUCUGCUGUAAUUAACCAAAGUGCCAUCACCUGGAAAUAAAAAAGUGGCUGAAUCUAUGUGAGGAAGUUGCACUGCUGAGUGCCCAGAUGGCAUUUAGGUUUCGCCACAGGGGAGUUGGAGGGAGCCAAGAGAACUCAGACCCAUCUCUGCUCCGUGGGAGGUGCCGUAGCCCCAGUCCUCCUCUGAGUGUUCGUUCUCACAGCGCCUCAUGGUGGGCUGACAGAGAGGAGCACAAAGAUCAAGUGCUCUCACUCCGGGAGGAAGUUGAAGAGAAGGACCGGCAUGCGGCCCGGCUGCAGGACAUGCUGAGAUGUGAGAGGGACAAACUCACCCGUCUUCAGCUGCGGUUUAACCAGCAGGAGGCAGAGCUGAAACGUCGGGAGCAGCAGAACAACAGAUUGAGGGAACGCCUGUCCCAGCUCACUGACCGACACAGGGAGAAAGGCCCCUCCAUAGAAGUGUUGAACUUCAAGCCUGUGGGCCGAGGAAAGCGAGACCUGCCAAUCAGAUCAGUCAGAUCUAAUCCAAGACGAGAGGAGGAGGCAUUGCGUCUGAUGCUGGAGCGCCGAGAAGCAGAGCUCAGGGAAGCAAUGAAGCUCCGCCACAGCCUUACCUCUUUACUUCAUGCACUCCGAGGUGACAUGGAGCGGGCCCUGUCAGACUUUAUGGAUGACCAGGAGGAGGGCCACACUGAUGACAAAAGGCUGGUUGAAGCAGAGUUUGCACUCGGUGAUCAUGUAACGGGGGGUGUGGUCCAGGGUUGGAGGAAAGUGCAAAGAAGGCUAGGACACAUACUAUUUGAAGGACAAAACUCUGGGAAUACUGAUCAUGAUAAGCUCUUGGCUCAGCUAGAAACUGAACUGAAGGAGAGUCAGCAGCUGAUCAAACUACAGCAGCAGCUGCUGCAGGAUAACCUAGCUUCCCCAGUCCCACCUGAGCUGGCUGAUUGCUAUUUCCUGGAGGAGUGGGAACGCAUUCAAGCCCGUUGGGCAGAGCUCAAUCGUCAGAAGCAGGACUUUGAACGGGAGAGGCAGUCGUUCACUGAUGCUGCCAUCCGCCUUGGCCACGAGCGCCGUGAUUUUGACCAACAGAGGGCCUCCUUCCUGAAGCAGCGGUAUCUGUGUGAGUCACCACUGUUUGGUAAAGAAGCGCCAUGCAACCACAGGCGAGAGAGCACUGCCCUUAAUUUUUCAGGUUUAGGGCCUGUGAGCAUAUCAGGCUGCCUUCCUGUUACUCCGUCACCUACAGACUCGGGGACCACUGCUCUCUCUGGAUCAUGCGAGGAACAGGACCAGGGAAGGGUCAGAGUUCAAACCCCCAGCACUCCUGAGCUCUACGCUGCCCUCAAUCUGCCUCACAGAUAUAGAGCCAUGGGUGAUGGCCAGUCAGAGACACUGAAUGGCAUGGCAGAGAGGACAGAGCACAUGCCUAACGCUCCAUACUUGAACUGGUCAUUUUAGCACCAUUUGUAGACGGGUGGUGUGGGGGAAAAAAACUCACUGUAUAUUCUUAUUUGUUUUCUCAGAUCAUCAAUAAAGACUAAUUUGUACAAUGUGA